AUGGAUAGUUCCACGACAGCAUCGGUCACAGACUGUUCAAUACAGGAACAGAAGUCUGCAGGGAACUGUGAGGACGCCUGGCCGUUGACAUAUCGACUGGAAGACAUGCUUCGACGAGACCUGGAUUCGGGAUUCAAGCCCCGAAAAUUGGGUGUGACAUGGAACGAUUUAACGGUGAAAGCAAAAAGUGCGGACUCAGCGGUCAACGAGAACAUUUUCUCUCAAUUCGACGUGAUCGACCAGAUGAAACGACGCCGACAAAAACCUCCUAUGAAAGAGAUUCUUCACAAAAGUCACGGAUGUGUCAAGCCUGGGGAGAUGCUGUUAGUUCUUGGACGACCAGGAUCUGGUUGCACCACGCUGCUGAAAAUGCUGGCCAACAGGCGAGCCGGUUAUCAAGAAAUCGAAGGAGACGUCUGGUAUGGCAAUAUGCGACAUGACGAAGCAAGCCGUUAUAAGGGUCAAAUCAUCAUGAAUACGGAAGAAGAGAUCUUCUUCCCGACCUUGACCGUCGGACAAACCCUUGAUUUCGCCACGAGUUUGAAAGUACCCCAGCAUCUCCCAAAUGAAGUACACAGCCCAGAGAGUUACAAGGCAGAAAUGAAAGAGUUUCUGUUGGAAAGCUUAGGAAUAUCGCAUACCAAGGAGACAAAAGUUGGCGAUCCCUAUAUUCGUGGAGUGUCCGGGGGAGAAAGAAAGCGUGUCUCGAUACUGGAGUGCCUCGCUUCAUCCGCAUCGGUCUAUUGUUGGGACAAUAGCACGAGAGGUCUCGACGCUUCAAGUGCUUUAGACUGGGCCAAAGCCAUGCGUGCAAUGGCGGAUGUGUAUGGCAAAUCCAUGAUUGUCACGCUAUACCAAGCAGGAAACGAUAUAUUCCAGCUCUUCGACAAGGUUUUGGUCCUCGACGAAGGGAGGCAGAUCUACUAUGGCCCGGCCAAUCAAGCACAGAAGUUCAUGGAGGAUCUUGGCUUUGUUGUCGACGAAGGUGCAAAACGCCAAAUCCGACCUGGCUAUGAAUCUCGUUUCCCGCGAGACGCCGAGACUAUUUUGCAGGUGUACGACAAUUCUUCCCUUCGGACGCAGAUGGCAGCAGAGUACGAUUACCCGACCAGCGAAGGUGCUCAGCAAGAUACCGAUAACUUCAAAGAUGCCGUGUCCAUGGAGAGGUAUCGCCCAGGAAGCAUCUAUACAGCCGGUUUCACCACGCAAGUCCGAGCCUGCGUGAUUCGUCAAUAUCAAAUUCUCCUGGGCUCAACUUUGAUCCAAGCACUGGUGGCUGGCUCUCUCUAUUACCAAGCCACGGGGGAUUCAACGGGGCUCUUCCUGAAAGGAGGAGCAAUGUUUUGGUCCAUUCUUUACAACAGCAUGAGUGCCAUGUCCGAGGUUCACGGAGGCUUUGCCCUUCAUCACCCAGCUGCAUUCUGUGUAGGGCAGGUCACAGCAGAUAUUCCCAUAAGCUUGGUCCAAGUCUCCAUAUGGUCCCUGAUUGUCUAUUUCAUGGUGGGCCUGCAAAUGUCUGCCAGUGGUUUCUUCACCUACUGGGUUGUUCUUUUUGCAUCCAUUAUGUGCGGGACGGCUCUUUUUCGCGCUGUCGGGGCAACCUUUCGCACCUUUGAUAGUGCAUCCAAAAUAUCAGGGUAUAUCCAGUAUUCGCAAAUGCAUCCGUGGCUAGGGUGGUUGUAUUGGCUCAAUCCGGUCGCUUAUGCCUUUGAUUCUUUAAUGGGCAACGAAUUUUAUGAUAAAACGAUCCCUUGCGCUGGCGUCAAUCUGAUCCCUCACGGCGAGUCCUAUUCGAACAUGGAUUCUGCCCAUCAAUCCUGCGCCGGAGUCAAAGGCGCGGAGCCUAGGUCCAACGUGGUCCUUGGAACUCAAUAUCUAAGCGCUCUUUCAUACUCACACGGGCAUCUCUGGCGGAAUUUUGGCAUCCUUUGGGCAUGGUGGGCCUUUUAUGUGACAAUCACAAUCUUGGCAACCAUGCGUUGGCGAGAUGCUUCAGCAUCCGGCGACUCGCUGCUCAUCCCUCGCGAAAAGUUGGAAUCUCAAGCACAAAAUUCUCUGAAAGACCAGCCAUCCUCCGAAUCGACUACAUUCCCCGAAGCUGAGAAGCAACCAGCCGGUACACAAUUGGUCAAAAAUACCUCGAUCUUCACUUGGAAAAAUCUGACGUACACCGUGAAAACACCCUCUGGACCUCGCGUCUUAUUGGAAAAUGUCAAUGGAUGGGUAAAACCCGGCAUGCUUGGUGCUCUAAUGGGCGCAUCUGGAGCGGGCAAAACAACGCUGUUGGAUGUUCUUGCCCAGAGAAAGACAGAGGGUAGGAUCGAGGGAUCUAUCAUGGUUGAUGGCCGGCCUCUAUCAAUUUCGUUCCAAAGGUCUGCGGGAUAUUGCGAACAACUUGAUGUCCACGAACCAUAUGCCACUGUUCGAGAAGCCUUGGAGUUCUCUGCUCUUCUGCGUCAGCCUUCCGGUAUUCCAAGAGCAGAAAAGUUGCACAUUGCAGACACUCUAAUUGGAAGUUCCACCACUGGGGGCCUCAACGUUGAACAACGCAAGCGAGUGACCAUCGGGGUUGAACUGGUUGCAAAACCCAGCAUUUUGAUCUUCCUUGAUGAACCAACUUCGGGGCUUGAUGGGCAGUCUGCAUUCAAUACAAUCCGUUUUCUGCGAAAACUCGCAGAUCAUGGCCAAGCAAUCCUGGUAACCAUUCAUCAACCCUCGGCCCAGCUCUUUUAUCAGUUUGAUACCCUUUUGCUGCUCGCCCGUGGUGGCAAGACAGUCUAUUUUGGCGACAUCGGUCCCAAAGCUCAAACGCUGAAAGACUACUUCGGGCGACACGGGGAGCCCUGCCCAAUGCAAAGCAAUCCAGCGGACCAUGUUAUCGACGUGGUGUCCGGUAGACUAUCUUCCACCGACUGGCAUCAGGUCUGGCUGCGAUCUCCAGAAUUUCGCCGUUCCACGGCAGAGCUGGACACGAUGAUCGAGCAGUCUGCGUCGCGAGAGCCGGUCACCCGGGAUGACGGCCAGGAGUAUGCAACGCCCCUCUGGGACCAGACGAAGAUAGUGCUCCAUCGAAUGAAUGUUUCUCUUUUUCGAAACACCAACUAUGUGAACAAUAAGAUGUACCUUCACAUUGGGUUGGCGCUCUUCAAUGGCUUUUCAUACUGGAUGAUCGGGAACAGUGUCAACGAUUUGCAGCUGCAUAUUUUCACCAUCUUUGUGUUUAUGUACGUUGCACCUGGUGUGAAAUCUCGAAUGUACUCCUGGAAGGCGUUCGUCACCGGCCUGAUUGUUUCCGAAUUCCCUUACCUCUGUGUUUGCGGCGUUCUCUAUUUUGUAUGUUGGUACUACACUGCGGGAUUCCCUGCAGAAACCAACAAAGCUGGUGCAUCCUUCCUGGUCAUCCUGCUAUAUGAGUUUUUCUAUACGGGCAUGGGCCAAUUCGUUGCAGCAUAUUCUCCCAAUGCCGUCUUUGCGUCUCUUGUUAACCCUUUGUUGGUCGGGAUCCUCGUAUCCUUCUGCGGCAUCCUUGUGCCCUACGGGCAGAUCGUACCAUUCUGGAGAUACUGGAUGUACUAUUUGAAUCCGACCACGUACCUGGUGAGCAGUUUGCUUACUUUCAGCAUCUUUGACGUCGAUGUGCAAUGCACAGAAGCUGAAUACGCCGUGUUUGACGCACCCUCCAAUUCCACAUGUCGCGAGUAUCUGGCGGACUUUCUCAGUGAAUCGGAUGCCAACCUGGUGAAUCCGGAAGCUACCCAUGGGUGUCGUGUCUGCCCCUAUACCAAGGGAAGCGGUUAUCUUAGGACCCUUAAUCUCAACGACUAUUUCUAUGGUUGGCGAGACAUCGGCAUCUUCGUCAUUUUCAUUUUCAGUUCAUAUGGGUUGGUGUAUUUGUUGAUGAAAUUAAGGACAAAAGCGUCCAAAAGGGCAGAGUAG